UUAUAUACCGACCAAUUGCCGCGAAUUAUUUUUUCAGCAUUGUAUCUUUUUGAUGUAUGACAUAUUGAGCAUAUUCCUGGCGCUGUUCAAACUUGCGGUGAUGAUUUUCUAUAGAACGGAGUUCACGGAUAUACUUCUAUACGCACAAAAGCAUUUCUGGCAUCUCGAUUACAACCACGACGAGAAGUUACUUUUCGCGGAGUGUCGAAAGAUUUGCAAACUGUGUGCAGUAUUUCUUCUCCUUGUUAGUGAAUCUAGUAUAUCUUUCUAUGCAAUUAGUCCAAUCUGUGCAAACAUUGGACACAAUAAAUCGGAUAGGAUACUUCCAUUCAAAAUGUGGGUCAAUCUAUCGCUAAGCGAGACACCAUAUUACGAAAUAAUGUUCGCCAUCCAGAUACUGGCCGUGCAGGUUAUUGCCAUAAUCUAUAUAUGUCCCGAGACUAUCUUGUGCGUGUUGAGUAUGCACGUGGUCUAUCAGUUUCGUAUACUGCAGAACACUUUAUUGAAUUUAUGGUCGGACAUUGACAAGGGAACGGAUAUCGUCGCUUACUCAGACAAAUGCUACGAAAUCCUGAAGAAGUGUAUCCGAAAGCAUCAGUCGUUAAUCGAAUACAACACCAGAUUUGAAGGCAUCUUUACGCUGCCGAUCCUCAGCAAUAUGGUCAUCAUUAGCGUGCUGAUGUGUUUCGACUCGUAUGAAAUAAUUCUGGCAGACGUACCUACCGGGACACGCCUCAUUUUCUUUUUCCACAUGAUCGGUACCUUUAUCUACGUCAUUUUCUUCACAUAUAUCUGCCAUGGUUUAGUUGAGGAAAGCUCCAACAUCAACAUGGCAUCGUAUUCAGGAUGCUGGACCAUAUUGCCGAUGAAUGAAUCUGGAAGAAUGUUGCGGAGAGAUAUAAACAUUAUGAUAAUGAAGUCAAUGCGACCGUGUCAACUCACA